CCCAUUUACAAUAAAAUAGCAAAGCGUCGAAAACCACGACUACGUGUGGCCGUGUCCUCUGAGUCAGUCAACGGAGAAAUACUCCAACUAAACCGGCGGUCCACUCUUUGCCUUUUCAUCAUCAACAUUCAACACCAACUAUAAAAUCAAGCAAUCCCCCUUUCCCUGGCAAGACGAAAAUGAACGAAAUUCAUGGCGACAUCCUUAUGCAAGCUCUUGGGCACCUGGACGGCCCAUCCCUCGCUUCGGCAAGCUGCGCUAGCUCCCACCUCCGCUCCCUGGCCUCCCACCCAGACCUCUGGCGCCGCCUCUGCCUCUCCACCUGGCCCUCCCUCAACCACCCCCUUCACCUCCCUCUCCUCAACUCCUCCCCCAGAAUCUUCUUCUCCGACGCCCAUCCCUUCCCCGCAUCCUCCUCACCCUCCCAUAACACCAACCUCCCCGACAAACUAAUCUCCGCCGUCGAUCUCUACCACCGCGGCGUCCCAAUCUUUUCCCGCGUCAUCGAGACCGACACCUCCACCUCCUGGUUCCGCAACUCCGCCUUCUUAAUCGACGCGCCUUCCGCAACAGGGGCUGUAUCGCCCAAAGAUCUGACUUUGAGCUGGAUAGUGAUAGACCCUGCCAAGGGGCGGGCGGUGAACUUAUCGAGCCGGAGGGCGGUGGCGGUGGAGAAAAGAGAUUGGUGCGUAGGGGAGACGGUGGCGCGGUUCGCAACGGUGAGGGAGGGGUUGGCGGUGGGUGCGGUGGUGAUGUGGCGGAAGGAGCGGUGGUGGCGGCGAUGGAGGGGGAGAGGAAGGGGAUGGGAGAGGAUGAGGCUGGGGAGAG